GCAGGGAUCCUGAAAGGGGGAGCCUGCCUGGUUCCUCUCUUCUUCCCCUCCCUAUCGCUCCCCUCCCCCCACCCCGUCGCUGCCGCUUUCCCUUCCGCCAAUUCCGAGAGCGUCGGGCGCCUGUGACAUGCGAUCGCUGCCAAGUGACGGUCCCCGAGUCUGAAGUGCCCGCGAGGAAGUGAGCGCCAACGCGGGCCGCCGGCGAUGACAGCCAUGAAGCAGGAGCAGCAGCCCACCCCGGGGGCCAGGGCGAGCCAGGCGCAGCCGGCGGACCAGGAACUGGGAAGUAACAGCCCUCCACAGAGAAACUGGAAGGGAAUUGCUAUUGCCCUGCUGGUGAUUUUAGUUGUAUGUUCACUCAUCACUAUGUCAGUCAUCCUCUUAACCCCAGAUGAACUCACAAAUUCAUCAGAAACCAGAUUGUCUUUAGAAGACCUCUUCAGGAAAGACUUUGUGCUUCAUGAUCCAGAAGCACGAUGGAUCAAUGAUACAGAUGUGGUGUAUAAAAGCGAGAAUGGACAUGUCAUUAAACUGAAUAUAGAGACAAAUGCUACCACAUUAUUAUUGGAAAACACAACUUUUGUAACCUUUAAAGCAUCAAGACAUUCAGUUUCACCAGAUCUAAAAUACGUUCUUCUGGCGUAUGAUGUCAAACAGGUAAAGGAGUGAUCUUCUUUGAAAAAAAAAUUUUUGUUUCCUUGUGAUGCAUUCAGGUGACAAUUCUUAGUUUUCCCUGGUCAUCUACUCAACUAGAGAAAAUUUACCAUAACCAGUAGCUGCAGGUGAAUACUGAUAACUCAUAUUGAACAAGAGAUUUUUGGCGACAGUGUCCUGUCUUCUAAACCUAGCUAGGAAAUGAUUGGAACCAUCUGCCUGGUGCCUGUGCUGAUCCAAGUCUAUCUAUUUUAGAGGGGUGUGUGGAAGAACUUUGCAAAUCCCAACAAAUGGGGCUGUUGACAUUUCCAGGGUAAGCCCCUGAGGAUUGUAUGUAUAUGCAGAUUAUGAGGUUUUCUAAUGUCUGUGUCCUAAACUGCAUUGUGUAUUUUGAAAAAGGACUGGUGAAAACAUGGUUUUAUUUUAUGUUUGAAGGAUUAUUUGGUGGUAUUUGAGUAUAAGCUUUGUGGUUGUAGAAAAUUCUAAAAUUGGGACAAGGAAGAGAGUGAAUUCUGCACCAAUAAAAUAUUCUAGUUGCAAUUAGUGUUUCAUUAUUCCAUGUCAGCUCUAUAGCACAAUUAGAGCAAUAUGAUGGUUGUUGAGUAUUUUGUAUUUAGAUGUAAUUCGCACAGUUAGAAAGCAAAGUAAAUAUCAAAAAAGCAAUUCAGCAGAUUAGUUUCUGUAGGAAAUAAAUGAUUGGAAAUUAUUCAAGAAAGUUUUGUGUGCUUUAAGGCACUCAAUAAAAAUUUAUGGACUUAAAGCAGGAAGCCUCAUAUAAUGCAUUGAAAGCCUCUGAGCACAGGAAAUUUUACAGUUGAAAGAAACUUCUAUUUGAUAGUUUUAAUCUUCUGAAAUAUGCAUGUGCUACAUUUUUAGAUGAGUUUAUUUUUCUUAUUUAAAAUAAUUAAUUUACACUACAAAAGGCAGAGAGAUUGUAAUCAAAGAUAUAUUUUCCUAUUAUAAAUUUUGGCCAUUUUCCUUUACCUUUGUUCUGUGUUCUCUCUAUUCAUUGAGAUUUUCAAAAUCACAUGUAAUAGUAGGAGAAGUGUUUGUGUUUUAUAAACAAAAAUAUUACAAUGUCCCUAAGUUUUCAAAAUGAUAUUCGUUUAUCUGAAGAGUUUUAAUAUAAAAUGACUUUGAUAUUAAAAUAACAAACUUUAAAAAAAUCAGGUUUCAGCAGCUACAGUAAUUAAAACUAUGUGGAACUAGCAAAGGGAUGGACACAUAGAUCAAUGAAACAGAAUAGAGAAUCCAGAAAUAGAUCCACACAAAUCUGCCUAACUUAUUUUUGACCAAGUGCAAAACAAUUCAAUGUAAGAAAGAUAGUACUUUCAAUAGCUGGUAGUUAAGCAGUUGGACAUCCAUGGGCAAAAUAAACUAAAAAAAAAAAAA